GGGAUUGGGCAACGCGAGGGGUGGGGUUUGUGGAGGUUUGUGGAGGAAGAUGGCGGCCGUCCGCGGGUUAUCUCUAAGGGCCGCGGCGCUGAGGGCGGUCGCUCCCUGGGCAAAGGGCAGGCUCCUCGCGGCCUCUCGCGGACCUCAGGCUCGUCGGGAAGCGUCGUCCUCCAGCCCCGAGGCCGGCGAAGAGCAGAUCCACCUCACCGCCAGCUGUGUCCAGAGACUUCUGGAAAUCACCGAAGGGUCAGAAUUCCUAAGGCUGGAGGUGGAGGGAGGUGGAUGCUCCGGAUUCCAAUACAAAUUUUCACUGGAUACAGUUAUCAACCCCGACGACAGGGUAUUUGAACAGGGUGGGGCAAGAGUGGUGGUUGACUCUGAUAGCUUGGCCUUCGUGAAAGGGGCCCAGGUGGACUUCAGCCAAGAACUGAUCCGAAGCUCAUUUCAAGUGUUGAACAAUCCUCAAGCGCAGCAAGGCUGCUCCUGUGGAUCAUCCUUCUCUAUCAAACUUUGAUGCUGUGCUCGCUUUGGCAGCACAUAUACAAACUUUGAUGUGAUGACAGGUGACCCAGAGAUUGCUACCACUUGUACCAAUCUGAGGAACCUGGGAUUGCUUUCCCAUUACUUUCAAGGGGAAAGGCCUUAUUGUUGCAGAAUUGGUUUUAUUUAUGCAAGUUAGAGAGUGUUUGGGGGCAGCAUACCCUACCUUUGCCCUAGUAAGGCAUAAUGCAAGAAUCAAAGGCAAGGGAGCCCUGCAUCUGCUUUAUGUUGUGAAUCUGUGUUUUUUGUUUGUUUGUUUGAUGUUAUUCAUUUGAGAGAGAGAGAAGGAGCAGGGGAAGGGGCAGAAGCAGACUCCCCACUGAGCAGGGAGCCCAGUGUGGGGCUGGAUCCUGGGACUCCAGGACCAUGACCUGAGCCGAAGGCAGUUAUUUAACCGACUGAGACACCCAGGUGCCCCAGGUUUUUUUUUUUUUUUUUUUUUUUAGAUUUUAUUUAUUUGAGAGAGCAAGAGGGGGGGUGCAGGACAGAGGGAAAGGGAGAAGCAGACUCCCCACUGAGUAGAGAGCCUGAAGCAGGGCUUGAUUCCAGGACCCUGAGAUCAUGACCCGAGCUGAAGGCAGACGCUUAACCAGUAGAGCCACCCAGGUGCCCCUGUUGUGAAUCUGCUUUAUGUUGUUGGCUCAAAGCGGGGGGCAUCUUAGUCAAUGUCCAGAUCUUACCUUGUGGAAUCGUACUCUUCAGUUAUGUGAUUGAUAGUGACUAGUGGUAUGUGAACUGUAGGUGUCCCACCCAACCUUAGUUUGUGUGGGAAUGUCGACAGAUUACAAGGGAUUAGGAGAAAACAGGUUUAGAAGUAAGAGAUUAGGAAGGGCUACUAAAGUAGGUGUCCAAGAAGAACUUUGUAACUUUUCUAACUUCUAAGAAUUGAAACCUUCUGUUUUCAGUCUUCUGUUAUAAAGCACUGAGAGGAGGGUUGACGUUUGGCAGGAGCAUCCUAUAUAGAGAAGUGGGCAACACUGAUUGUAUGGUAUAGCCCUCCCUUAAAUGCUGGCUGAGCGUGGAUAGCAUGCCGCUGGUAGUGUGCAGGACCUAACAUUGUCCACUGCAACAUAAUUAACGGUGUUGCAUGUUUGUGUCAAAGGCAGGAAAUUCCUCUACUUUUCUAGGUAUCUAGCAGUGGUGUUUAUGAUUGCUCUUUUAAAAUCCCUGUUUGCCAUUUCUCCACAGAAAUGCUACAGGGCUGUUUAAAGGAGUUUGCUUUAGGAAGUUUUGAAAUAAUUAUGUGGCUUUAAUUGUCAGAUAAAUAUAUAUAAAGAAGGGAGCAUUUAAGCAGUCUAUGGCCAAAGCUGUAUUUAAAAAUAUUUUAUUUUUUUGGAAAGGUAAUACACAUGGUACAAAAUUCAAAAAGACACAAAAGGGGAUACAGUGAAAAGUCUUCCAAUCCUGUACCCAUCCACCCUGUCACCCCCCCAUAAACCACUGUUGUUUCUAAGAAUUUACCCUAUAGGUAUAAUCCCAUAGAUAUAAUGUGAAAUAACAUAUACACAAGAAUAUUCAUUAUAGCAUUACUUAUAAUAGCAAGAGAUAGGAAACAAUGGAAAUGUCCAUCAAUAGGGGACUGACUAAAUAAAUUAUGAUUUAUCCAUUCAGUGGAAUAGUAUACAAUUAUAGAAUGAGACAGUUCUUUAUGUGCAAGUCUGGAUUAAGUGAAAAAAGCAAAGUGCAGAACAGCAGGUAUAGGUUGCUAUUUGUGUUUUUGAUACAAAGAAAUAUGUGUAUGUGAAUGAAGUUUUUCUGGGUGAGCAGGAAGGCAAGGGUUGGGAGGAGGCGUAGUGCCAGUGGGUAUAUGGAAGAGUGGUAAAGAAGUUCUCUGAACCAUGGGGUGUAAGGCAGAGUGACGAGGAUGAGGCCAGCAGAUACCCAGUUGUCUUCCCCCUUUCUUUAGACAACUAGCAGCACAUGGUCCACUUUGUUACACAGCCUUCUUUCCCCGCUUAGUCUAUUUUGGAUUUCUUCUCAAGGUAUUAAGAGCCUUUUUUUUUUUUUCAUUUUUAGGCCUCCGUAGUAGCAACUAAUUGCUUCUAAUCUUUUGCUGUUACAAGUAAUGCUAUAAUAAAUAACCUCUUACACGUGUUCACAUUUGGUGAGAAUAUAUCUGAAGGUUAAAUUCCUAGAAGAGUCAAAGAGUAAGUGCUUUUAUAAUUUCGAAAGACAUUGCCAUAUUAUCCUCUUCAGAAGUUGUGUCAGUUUAAGCCCCUGUCAGCUGUGUAUGUGAGUCCCUCUUUCAGCAGAUGCUUGCCAACUAGGAGUCUUAACAAACUUCUGAUCUUUGCCAAUCUGAGAGUUUUAAAAGUGUGUCUCGUGUGGUUUUAACUCGCAUUUUUUUUGUUAUGAAUAUUUUCAUAUGUGUAAGAAUUACAUAUUUUUGUCUGCUGAAAACAUCUCAACUAGUAUAGUGACGUAGAGCAAAUUGUUUGAACUCUGCGUGUCUCCAUUUCCUCAUCUAUAAAUUGGGAAUAAAAAUAGUAGGAUUGCU